CUUCCCCAAUUUGUCCACUCUUCUACAGUGCGUUUUCCCAGUUAUGUCAUGUGCUGCAAACCCUCUUAAACCCUAGCACAUUGUGUUUCGAUUCGAAACUACAACAAAGAGAUUCUGUGAACUCAGCGAGACGAAUAGCUUCCACCCUUGGUUCUCGUUUGCAUUUUCUUAACCAUUUAAGUGAAAUGGCGAAUAAUUCUCAGCCCUCCAGUAUGCAGUUUCGGCCAGUCAUUCAAGCUCAACAUGGGCAACCGUUUGUUCCGAUGACUUCACAACAAUUUGGACCGGCAGGACAUGCUAUUCCUUCUUCAAAUAUGGGAAUGCCUGUUGUUCAGGGUCAGCAAUUGCAGUAUUCUCAACCAAUGCAACAAUUGAAUCCGAGACCAAUGCAGCCUGGUCAUCCUGCUCCUUCAUCACAAGCUAUACCUAUGCCUUAUAUUCAGACAAACAGGUCACUGACAUCUGUACCUCCACAUUCACAGCAGACUGUUCCCCCCUUAAGCAAUCAUAUGCCUGGCUUGGCUGUUUCAGGAGCAGCUCCUCAUUCUUCAUACACUUUCACACCAUCAUAUGGUCAGCAACAAGAUAAUGUGAAUCCAAUGGCUCAAUACCAGCAUCCACCUCAAAUGCUGGCACCUUCUGCUGCACAACCUUGGUUGUCCUCUGUAUCUCAGAGUGCUAGCGCUGUUACAUCAGUGCCGCCAGCUGGAGUACAAUCAUCUAGUACUACAUCAACUGAUGCGGCAAGUAAUGCUACUAGCCAGCCCUCUUUAUCUGAUUGGCAAGAGCAUACUUCUGCUGAUGGGAGAAGAUAUUACUACAAUAAGAGGACAAGGCAAUCAAGUUGGGAGAAACCUUUGGAAUUGAUGUCACCGAUUGAGAGGGCAGAUGCAUCAACUGUUUGGAAAGAAUUUACUUCUUCAGAAGGAAGAAAGUAUUAUUACAACAAGGUUACUCAGCAAUCAACAUGGUCAAUACCAGAGGAACUUAAGUUGGCUCGGGAACAGGCACACAAAGCUGUUAACCAGGGGAUGCAGUCUGAAACAAGUGAUGCAUCCAAUGCUGCUGUGUCCUCUGCUGCUACAUCAACAGCAGCUAAUGCAGCUACCUUGAACACAUCUUUGACAUCAAAUGCGCUUGCUUCCAGCCCAUCUUCUGUCACACCAGUUGCAGCAACUGAUUCUCAGCAGUCGGUUUCUGGGUUAUCAGGGACCUCUGUUUCUUACUCUGUAGUUUCUUCAAGCACCACUGGAGUUGAACCAAGCACUGUGCCAACUAUGAGCAUGACACCUACAAUAGUGGCAGGAAGCCCAGGAGUAGCUGCAAAUUCACUUGAUUCUAAAAUGCCACCCACUGUUGAAAAUCAAGCAUCUCAGGAUUUUGCUUCUGUCAAUGGAGCUUCUUUUCAAGAUAGUGAGGAAAUGAAUAGAGGAUUGCCUGUGGUUGGUAAAAAUAAUGUGACUCCACCUGAGGAGAAAAUCAAUGAUGAUGAAAAUUUGGUAUAUGCAAAUAAGCUGGAAGCAAAAAAUGCAUUUAAAGCGCUUUUGGAAUCUGUGAAUGUUCAGUCUGAUUGGACAUGGGAACAGACAAUGAGAGAAAUCAUCAAUGACAAAAGAUAUAAUGCCCUAAAAACACUUGGUGAGCGAAAACAAGCUUUUAAUGUGUAUUUGGGCCAAAGGAAGAAGCUAGAGGCCGAAGAGAGGCGCAUGAAGCAGAAAAGAGCCCGUGAAGAAUUCACAAAGAUGUUGGAAGAGUGCAAGGAACUUACAUCAUCCAUGAGAUGGAGCAAAGCUAUAAGCUUGUUUGAAAAUGAUGAACGAUUCAAUGCUGUUGAAAGACCAAGAGACCGGGAAGAUUUAUUUGAAAGCUACAUGGUGGAACUUGAGAGAAAGGAAAAGGAAAAUGCUGCAGAGGAACACCGGCGUAAUAUAGCACAAUAUAGGAAAUUUCUGGAGUCCUGUGAUUAUGUGAAGGUGAAUAGUCAUUGGCGAAAAAUCCAAGAUCGAUUAGAGGAUGAUGAUAGAUACUUGCGACUUGAAAAAAUUGACCGCUUGCUAGUUUUCCAGGACUAUAUUCGGGACUUGGAGAAAGAAGAAGAGGAACAAAAAAGAAUACAGAAGGAUCGAAUCCGUCGGGGUGAAAGGAAAAAUCGUGAUGCAUUUCGCAAGUUGCUAGAAGAACAUGUUGCUGCUGGAAUUCUUAAUGCUAAAACUCAAUGGCGGGACUAUUGCUUGAAGGUCAGGGAUUUGCCUCAAUAUCAAGCUGUUGCAUCAAAUAUAUCUGGUUCCACCCCAAAAGAUUUAUUUGAGGAUGUUGCUGAGGAUCUUGAAAAACAGUAUCAUGGAGACAAGACACUCGUAAAAGAUACAAUUAAGUCAGGCAAGAUCACGGUAGUGACUACUUCAGUAUUUGAGGACUUUAAGGUAGCAGUCUUGGAAGAAGCUGCUUGCCAAACAAUAUCUGAGAUCAAUUUGAAGCUUAUAUUUGAAGAGUUGUUAGAGAGAGCUAAGGAAAAAGAAGAGAAAGAAGCUAAGAAGCGCCAACGCCUUGCGGAUGACUUUACCAACCUGUUAUAUACAUUCAAGGAUAUUACUACAACUUCAAAAUGGGAGGAUUGCAAGCCACUUUUUGAGGAGGCUCAAGAGUACAGGUCAAUUGGGGAUGAAAGCUAUAGUAGAGAAAUUUUUGAGGAAUACAUCACAUACUUGAAGGAAAAAGCUAAAGAGAAGGAACGCAAGCGUGAAGAAGAAAAGGCCAAAAAGGAGAAAGAAAGAGAAGAGAAAGAGAAACGGAAGGAGAAGGAGAAGGAGAAAAAAGAAAAGGAUAGAGAACGUGAAAAGGAGAAGUCUAAGGAACGUCAUAAAAAGGAUGAAACAGAUAGUGAUAAUCAAGACAUUACUGACAGCCAUGGUUACAAGGAGGAGAAGAAAAAGGAUAAGGAAAGGAAACAUCGGAAAAGGCAUCAGAGCAGUAUAGAGGAUGUGGAUUCUGAGAAGGACGAGAAGGAAGAAUCUAAAAAAUCACGAAGGCAUGGCAGUGAACGCAAAAAAUCUAGGAAGCAUGCAAACUCUCCUGAAUCAGACAAUGAAAGUCGGCAUAGAAGACACAAGAGGGAGCACUGGGAUGGUUCAGGGAAAAUUGGGGGGCAUGAGGAACUUGAAGACGGAGAGCUCGGCGAUGAUGGAGAGAUCUAGUGCUGUUCUGGUCUAACUAACCUUUUUGCAGUGGUGAGAUAAAGAACAUCUGUGUCUUGGUGAAUAUUGACUUUGUUAAAGUACACUUCCUGAUACUUACCUUCUCUGGACACAUGAAUUUAGGAUCGUCAAAUGUAAAAAAAAAGAAAUAUUUUGGUUAUCGUUUUAGUUUACAAUUAUGACCACUUAAUUUGUACGAAAAGUGCUAUAAUACUGCAUAUGCAAAUUGAAUUUGAAUUAAAUAUCAUAAACUUUUGUUUGUAUGCUCAACAUUUGCGGAUGAUUUGUUGAUAAAUGAUGAAUCAUUAGAUACUGCAAAUAUAUUGCUUUUCUUCUGAUAACAUUAUUAGUAAAACAGAUUUAGUUCUUUUAAAGUAAAAUGUGUAA